AUGAAGGGGCUGAAGAAUGGUGUGCAAUUGUUCUUGCCCUAUUUUGAGCAGUUACAACACUGUAAAUACAGAAGACAUAAAAUUGCCUCUGUAACACAAACUGUUCUGGUGUGUCAUAAGCUGUUCAUGCCUUCACAUGCCGCCUUUGUGUUGCUGAUGAAUUACAAGGGAUAUAUGGGCAUUGUGAAGAUACACCUUGAACGAGCAACUUUGCUUCUUUGCCAUCUCUCAACAGAGCUCGGAGACGCCGCCUGCGCGGCGAUGGGCGGCGGCUGUACCUGCCCCCAGUGCGGCGCAACGUUCUCCUCUCGGAGUCACCUGUCGAUGCACCGGAGGUUGAUGCACCGGUGGAAAGGAGGCCAGCACCAGUGUCGCUUCUGCCCUUACACCAGCGACAGAACCAACGUGUCCCGGCACGAGCGGGUCCACACGCGGGAGAAGCCGUUCUGGUGCCAGAUAUGCGGCAGUGCCUUCUCGCAGAAGACGAGCCUGGUGGAGCACCAGCGGAGGCACUCUGGCGAGCGGCCGUUCGGAUGCGAAGUGUGUGGGCAGAGGUUCCCGGCUGCAAACCAGCUCGUCAGGCACAUGCGAAAGCACACGGACGGGCGUCCAUACGUCUGCGGUGUGUGCGGGAAGUCUUUCGCGAAGAAGGGCGACCUGGUGGCUCAUGGCUGCAUCCACUAAACUUUGUUCGCUGGAAACUACACACUUGUAUCGGUCGGCUGUCUGUCUCGCGAACCGUGAUCGUCUCUCUCAACGUUGCAUUGCACAGAGUGGGGUAAGGCGAUCAAAGGCAGGUGAUCAAUAGACCCCUUGCAAAAAUUCCAAAACCCCGCGCGCGCUGUGCGACGAAUAAUGGGAGUCCUUGGUAUGCCCCUCCUCCGGCUACCACGUGACUAUCUGGCAUAAGCGAGCAGGCGCAGGUUACCACAGCAACAACUUCUGAGCCGCUGAGUCUGGCGUUGGUUUGGCGAGUGACGAGCCAACGGCUGCCCCUUUCUCAUCCCUCUCCCUUGUACCAGCUCUGUCGUCUGCUGCACCAACGCUUUGUUGAACCUGGUCGAAACCUGCCACGGUUGCG